ACAGAAAAAGAAAGCUCAACAAACCUUAAAUAGUCCAAAUCUCAUUCCACACUACCAAACAGCACAAUUAACUCAUCAAAUCAAAUUUUUCAAUGCAUACCUUCCUCCUCAAAUUCAAACUCUCAAAUCCCAAAUAAUCAAAAAAAAAAAUCCUUCCAAUUAAACCCUCAUCAUAUCUCAAAUCUCCUUCAUAAUCAUAUAACUUCAUCCCCAAACCUAAUUCUCAACAACAAACAUGGCAGUAUCAGAGGGUGUGAUGAAAAAAGUGCUUCUAUCAUACACAUAUGUAGCCAUAUGGAUUUUCUUAAGUUUCUCAGUAAUUGUCUACAACAAAUACAUCCUAGACCAAAAAAUGUACAAUUGGCCAUUCCCAAUAUCACUAACAAUGAUCCACAUGGCCUUUUGUUCCUCCCUUGCUUACAUCCUUGUAAACAUCUUCAAAGUAGUUGACCCAAUUUCAAUGUCUUUAGACACAUACCUUAAAUCAGUGGUCCCUAUUGGUGCACUUUACUCUCUUUCCCUUUGGUUCUCAAACUCUGCUUACAUUUACUUGUCAGUUUCAUUCAUUCAAAUGCUAAAAGCUCUUAUGCCCGUGGCCGUUUACUCCAUCGGGGUUUCUUUUAAAAAAGAAUCGUUUAAAAAAGAAACCAUGAUCAACAUGGUUUCUAUAUCACUUGGCGUCGCUGUAGCUGCCUAUGGCGAAGCCAAGUUUGAUGUCUUUGGUGUUACGCUACAGCUCAUGGCUGUAGCGUUUGAAGCCACGAGGUUGGUUUUAAUUCAAAUUCUUUUGAACUCGAAAGGGAUUAAGUUGAAUCCUAUUACCUCGCUUUACUACAUUGCUCCUUGUUGUUUGGUUUUUUUGUCGUUUCCUUGGUUCGUUAUGGAGUAUCCUUUGUUGAGGGAUAAAGCAAGUUUGAGUUUUGAUUUUUGGGUUUUCGGAAGUAAUUCGUUGUGUGCUUUUGCUUUGAACCUUGCUGUGUUUUUGCUUGUUGGGAAGACUUCGGCUUUGACGAUGAAUGUUGCUGGUGUUGUGAAGGAUUGGUUGCUUAUUGCAUUUUCUUGGUCAGUGAUUAAGGAUACUGUUACACCACUCAAUUUGAUUGGUUAUGGACUUGCAUUUUUGGGGGUUGCUUAUUAUAAUCACUGUAAGUUGGUGGCACUUAAGGCUUCUGAGGCACAAAAGGUCAGGGUUCAGCAGGAAGAUGAUUCUGAGGCUGGGAAAUUGUUGGAAGAGAGAGAUGGGAAAGAUGAUGAAGAAAGUACAAAGAAGAAUGAGAAUAGGAUUUGAAAUGAUUGUUGACCUGAUAUUUGGAUACUGAAAUUAUUCUUAUUUACAUUAUUAUGCAUGUUUGUUGGUAUAGUCCAUGUUUGGGGCUGAUACUAUACUGAUGUUAUGUCCCUUUUAAAUUUUAUUGAGUUUAUGAAUAGAGAAUGAAUUAGGCAUUAUGGAUAUUUACCAAACAAAUUGUAUGGUCAAACAAUCUUAUGGAUGAUGAUUGAUGAGCAUAAUUCGUGGUUGCUAUCUUCA